ACGAGCAGCGCCGGUCGCCGCGCAUGGGUGGCGUCAGGUAACGCGGCAUGCGGCCCGCGCUCGCCGCGCUCGCGGCCUGCUGCGUGGUGGCACGCGCCGAGCCGCCAGCGCGCCCCGCGCCGCGCAACGCCACCACCCCGCACCGCCUCCAGUGCUCCGACGGGCUCGUCCUGCCCGUCUGGCACCCGCUCGAAGAUGUCCCGACCCUCGACAUCGCGCUCCGUGGCAUCGUCUACUUCUUGGCGCUCAUGUACCUCUUCAUCGGCGUGUCCAUCGUCUCGGACCGUUUCAUGGCCGCCAUUGAAGUCAUCACGUCGCGCGAGAAGGAGGUGCGCGUGCGGCGGAACGGCAGCGACCAGAUCGUUGUCGUUCGUGUGUGGAAUGAGACUGUUGCCAACUUGACUUUAAUGGCCUUAGGGUCUAGUGCGCCUGAGAUUUUGUUGUCCGUUAUAGAGAUAGCUGGAAAGAACUUCGAGGCGGGCGAUUUGGGGCCGGGGACUAUCGUGGGCUCCGCCGCUUAUAAUUUGUUCGUUAUCAUAGCGAUAUGUGUGGGUGUGAUUCCUGACGGUGAGGUGCGGAAGAUUAAGCAUCUCCGAGUGUUUCUUGUGACCGCCACUUGGUCGAUAUUCGCGUAUGUGUGGCUCUACCUCAUUCUUGCUGUUAUAUCACCGAACGAAGUCGAAGUAUGGGAGGGCGCUGUCACCUUCCUCUUCUUUCCAACGACAGUUAUGACGGCUUACAUAGCAGAUCGCCGGCUGCUUGUGUACAAGUAUUUAAAGAAAGGAUAUCGUGUCAACGAGCGAGGGGUGAUCGUGGAAGGUGAAGGGGAUGGCUCCGUAGAAAUGGCAUUAAAACCGGGCGAUGAUUUUGCAUCCGAUGAUGACGAAGGCCGGGAAGUGGAGAAAUCUCGUCGAGAUUAUGUUGCAGUUCUCCGAGAAUUGAGGAGGCAACACCCGGAAGAGGAUUUAGAGACCGUAGAAAGGAUGGCAUUAGAAACUCUGAUGUCGAAAGGUCCCAAGUCUCGGGCCUUUUAUCGUGUGGCCGCAACGCGGAAGAUGACUGGUGGAGGUGACUUCUCGCGGAAAAUAUCGGAGAGGGCUCAAAGUGAUCUUAGUGAGGUGAAGGCUGAGUUGCAGCGACGAGGGUCAGGUUCACCGUCGAUUGAACCUCGCGGUCCGAAUGUUCGCUUUGAACCUGACCACUAUACGGUCAUGGAGAACUGUGGCUCGUUUGAAGUUCGAGUGGUUCGGGCGGGAGACUUGAGUGGAGAAGUGACUGUGCAGUAUACCACUGAAGACGGGACAGCCGAAGCUGGGUCAGACUACGUGGCCGCUCAGGGAACUCUAGUCUUCAAACCCGGAGAGACGGAGAAAACCUUCACGGUCCAAGUAAUCGACGACGACGUGUUUGAAGAAGACGAGCACUUUUACGUUCGUCUGAGUUCGGCUAAAGGUGCUUGUUUGGCUUCGCCAUCGUCAGCCACUGUAGUGAUAUUGGACGAUGACCAUUCCGGUGUGUUCUCUUUCCCUCAAAGGGACUUUGAGUUGACAGAGUCGGUGGGGACGUAUGAUCUUCGAGUGGGACGGACCGCGGGAGCGAGAGGCAAGGUGCGCGUCCCGUACUGGACGGAGGAUGGGACUGCCAAGAGCGGUGCUCAGUACGAGCCUGCUGAAGGACACAUAAUCUUUGAAAACAACGAAACUGAAAAGUUCAUCCCACUACACAUCAUCGAAGAGGACAGUUACGAGAAAGAUGUUCUCUUUUACGUCAACUUGGGCAACCCGGAGUUGGUCGGUGAAGUAUUUGAGACAUUCCUGCCUGAUGCAUCGGCUACUGUCUCAGUAGCGUUUGAGCCUGAUGAUGACAAACCCGUCUACAACGAAGCUAACCACCUGGCGACAUUGCCUGAGGAGGAAGCGGCAGUCGCUAUGAUGGGGCUGCCCCGGGCUGGUGACAUUACCAGGGCGCAACUAAGGAUUAAGGAGAGCAAAGAAUUUAAGAAUACGGUGGACAAGCUGGUACAAAGGGCGAACGCAUCAAUAAUCAUAGGCACGUCGUCGUGGAAGGAACAGUUCUCUGAGGCGCUCACCGUCAGUUCCGGAUCGGACAACCCUGACGAACCUCCUUCGGUGUCAGACUACUUAAUGCACGUAGUAACUCUGUUCUGGAAGAUUAUUUUUGCUCUCAUCCCCCCUACAGAUAUCGGUGGAGGCUACGUAUGCUUCGUGAUCUCCAUCAUCUGUAUCGGCCUCGUCACCGCCGUCAUUGGUGACGUGGCCUCGCACUUCGGCUGCACCCUUGGAAUUAAGGACUCUGUGACUGCCAUAGUUUUCGUGGCACUAGGAACUAGUAUACCAGACACAUUCGCGAGCAAAGUGGCAGCCAUCCAGGACAAGUACGCGGACGCGUCGGUUGGCAACGUGACAGGCUCCAACGCUGUCAACGUCUUCCUUGGCAUCGGCGUGGCGUGGACUCUGGCCGCUAUCGUCCAUUGGAGCAAAGAUGAGAAGUUCCUUGUCGAUCCGGGGAAGUAAGUAU